AAAUUUUACGUGGAACUUCUUUCAGAUAAAUUAUCAUCUUAUUUUUUUUUUAUUUGAAAAAAAAAAAAAAAACGGCUUUGAAAAAAUUUGCAUUUGUGUGUGUGUAUUUAUAUUUUCGCGCGUAAAAAGUCCAUUCAUGGAGACUGGGGAGAGUUGAAGCCCUAAUCACAACACAAGCAACAAGGCACGUGAGAGAGAGAGCCGUCUCCCGUAACUUUGAAAACAUGGAAAGUAACAAAGACGAAGGUGCCAUCGACGUUCUAUCGUCUAUUAUAGACGAAUGUGUCUCUAAUCCAGCCAAGCAGCAGCAAUUUGUGGAUGAGGGAUGCAUAGAACUUCUAUUAGAGUUAUGUCGCUCUCAGAAUCUGCAAGUAAAGAGCUAUGCAGCAGGGGCACUUGUCAUGCUUUGCCAUCAAAACAACACAGCCAAGGCCAAGGUCAUAGCGCAAGGCGGGGCUACCACCCUGGUCUUGAUAUGUCAACCACAUGAGCGAAAGUCAAGUAAUCUAGGAGACCCAACAAACAACGAGAGACUUCUCUCUCACAUGCAAGGAGCUGCCGUUGUACAAAAGCUUGCCUACAAGAAUGCUGCAUGUCAGAGAGAGCUCAUCAGUGCCGGGGCAGUACGGCAGCUUGUGGCUCUCUGUGAUGUGUUUGACGCCGAUGGCAGUCAUGGAAAUUGUUGCCAGAUGAUAUACAAACACAGUGAUGAGGCCGACAAGGCCAUGUAUGAGAUGACAAAAGGACGGCAGCUCAUUGGUUCUGUUAAAGAACUGGGUAAAUCCCAAGCAGUCAGAGCAGCUCUACAUCUGCUACACAAAGGCCUGGAUUUCACUGUCCUUAGCGAGCUUUUCAACAAGUUUAACUCUGUAGACCUGUAUGACACCAGUAUGCCUGGUAAAAAUGUCAUCAUUGCUAAAGAGUUGGUGGAGAAGGGGCUGGUGUGGCCUGACCUAUCAAGGGAGGACCCACCCUGUGAAAGGUCGAGGGGUAAAAAUGACAAGAGUAAGGGUGAAAAUACUUGGCGUGACAUAUCAAUUUGUGAGGUGAUUGAUGCUGGACAUUUCUGGGCUCAUGUUGGUGGAGAAUCCACAAAGCUGAGGAUUGAAGAGAUCAGAAAGUUUCUUCACUCACAGAUUUGUGAUCCUUUGCAAGGCAUCCCUGAGCCUGGUGACAUAGUGGGCGUGUCUGGUAACAUAGCCGGCCACAAAGACCAUUACCGGGCAAUCAUCCUAGACGUCUCAUCAGCCACGGACGCUCAAGAUGGCCAGGCAAAAGUCUUUGCUAUUGAUUAUGGCUUUACUGUCCUUGUCAAAACAUCCAGUUUAUUUACACUUCCAAAAGAAUUACAGGAGUGUCUACCACAGGUUUCCUUGUGUACUCUUGCCGGUGUUCAGCCAUGCCCAACACAUGCUGCCAUUCUGGAGCACACUGCAGGAGCACUGCAGAAUCUGAGCUAUGAGCUGGCCAAUGUUGGAUUCAUAACAACUGCUGGUGGGAUUGAAGUUCUGUUAAAGGUGUUGACAGUGAGGAACUUCUUGGACUCCUCACCAAGAGGCAGUUGCUGAUAUGCAUGCUUGAGGUCAAGUUUAGAAAACUUGGUACUACCUGCCAGAGCACUGAGCAAAUCUUGAGGGUUAGGCAGAGGGUAUUGGUCGACGUCCAAAACUGGAUUCACCGUAACUUUGUAGUCUCCACACAAACGAACACCACCAUCUGCCUUAGGGACGACCACUAACGGGGCAGCCCACUCACUAUGGGACACUUUUGUCACGAUCCCCUCCUUUUCCAUGCGAUCCAACUCUGCUUCAACUGCUGGCUUUAGGGCAUACGGCACGGGGCGAGCCUUAUGAAACCUAGGCGUGGCCUCAGGUUGCACAUUGAUUCUUGCUUGAAACUCCUUGAUUUUGCCCAGGCCCGUACAGAAAACACCCUUGAACCGUGCAGUCAGUUCAUGAACUAAAUCAGAAGAAGAAACACUAAAAAGGUGCUCCCAGUUCAGCUUAACAACACUGAGCCAAUUACGACCCAGAAUAGCUGGUUUGCUCUCAACUUUUGCCACAAUCAGAGGCAACUUGGCACUUUGACCCUCGUACUCAACUAGAACUUCGGUUUCACCAAUUAAAGGUAACACUGUUCCAGAAUAAGUCUUUAAUGAGGUACUUGCAUUCUUGAGUUUCAAAUGUCCAAAAUUCUCUUUGAACAACUUUUCAGGGAUGACUGUGCGUGCAGCUCCCGUAUCAACUUCCAUUGGAAUUUCCUUUCCGUUAACAGUGAUAGUUACUGUCACUGCUUUGCUGCUGGGUUCACGAGUUGAAAAGAACCCCAAUGACUCAUCUUCUUGGUCAUUGUCCACUGAAACUUCAACAUACUUGGUUUCCUUGCACUCCUUGGACUGACAGACUCUCUUUAGGUGACCCACUUUGCCACAAUUAUCACACUUAUACUUCUUGUAUUUACAGGAUUUACCAUCAUGUUCAGCACUGCCACAACGAUGACAUGCUGUUUUGGGCUUUCCUCCCUUGUUCUGUGUGAAUUUCUUGUGUUUCUGUGGCUUUUUUCCAAGCUGAUGAACUUCUUCACCGCAGCCCGAUCCGGACGAUCCAGAGCCCUUCAAUUCCGACGACUUCGAUUCCGCCAUUUCCAUCGACUGAGCGAUCUCCAAAGCCUUCGCAAACGUCAAGGUUUUCUCGGUUAAAAGUUUCCGUUGAAUCGCUUCCUGGCGUAGACCACAUACAAAACGGUCUCUCAAAGCUUCAUCUUGGAAAGUUCCGAACUCACAGUGAGUUGAAAGCUUCUUUAGUUGGGCGCCAAAGUCCGCAACUGUUUCGGAGUCGUGACGAAACCGGUUAUGAAAAUUGAAUCGCUCGGCAAUAACCAAGGGUUUCGGAUGCAAAUGGCCACUCAAAAUAUCCACAAGAUCUUUAUAUGUCUUGGUGUCAGGUUUUUCCGGAGUCAAAAGAUUCCUCAACAGUCCGUACGUUUCAGGACCUAUUGCAGUGAGCAAGACAGCUACCUCGUUCUCCUUUCGCACGCCAUUCGCCUUCAUGAAGUUUUCAAGCCGCUCAAUGUAAGCUUCAAACGACUCUUUUUGCCGGUCGAACUCUCUUAGUUGACCGAUGACACUCAUGGUGUUCCACAGAUCCCAUCCUCGUCGCCAGAUGUAAUGUUUUUCGGGACUAAAACAUCACGAAGAAAUAGACAGCUCGUUGAACACAACAACUGAACUCCAUUUAUUUCUGAACAACCCCCGACAUGCCCACGAGGCAUUCCAAAUAUGGUGUACAACACAGGGAGCCCAUC